UUUCUCUCUCGCUCUGCUUCAUCUUCUUCUUCUGGAUUGAGUGAUAAUUCGGCAGGGAAAGGGUGAAGGAUGAGUUCUGCAAACUUGGGUUCAUUGGUUCAAACCUGCUCGAUAUUUAACCAUGCAUGCAUAUCCAGAUUCCCAACUUGCUCGAUGGUUAACCCGUUGCGGAGGUUUCCCAUGUCUCCCUUAUCUUCCAGGGCACGACGACCCUUUAUUUCUUCUUCCGCUUCCAUCUCUGCAGUUCAUGUAGCCGAGGAAGAGGAGAGGCUGAAAGAAGGUGAAAGCCCCCAGAUGGAGACAGGCUUCAAUUUUAAAGCCUACAUGCUUCAGAAGGGAGCUUCUGUGAAUCAAGCCCUCGAUGCCGCUGUCUCCCUCAGGGACCCCCUGAAGAUCCAUGAAGCUAUGCGCUACUCCCUCCUCGCUGGCGGCAAGCGAGUGCGUCCAAUCCUCUGCAUUGCUGCCUGCGAGCUCGUCGGAGGCGUCGAAGGCACGGCCAUGCCGGCCGCAUGUGCGGUGGAGAUGAUCCACACCAUGUCCUUGAUUCAUGAUGAUCUCCCCUGUAUGGACAACGAUGAUCUUCGGCGGGGGAAGCCCACCAAUCAUAAAGUCUUCGGCGAGGACGUGGCGGUCCUAGCCGGAGAUGCUCUGCUUGCCUUCGCAUUCGAGCACAUCGCCACGGCGACUGUUGGGGUGCCGCCGGCGAAUAUUGUCCGUGUCGUCGAAGAAUUAGCGAAGGUGAUUGGGACAGAGGGCCUGGUUGCAGGUCAAGUGGUGGAUAUUGAUUUAGCUGGAUUGUCGAACGUGGGUUUGGAGCAGCUUGAGUUCAUUCACAUUCACAAGACUGCUGCUUUGCUUGAAGGAUCAGUUGUUAUUGGAGCAAUCCUUGGUGGUGGAUCUGAUGAGCAAGUCGAGAGGCUGAGGAAGUUUGCAAGGUCUAUCGGAUUGCUGUUUCAGGUGGUGGAUGACAUCCUUGAUGUCACCAAAUCAUCAAAAGAGUUGGGGAAGACGGCCGGCAAGGAUUUGUUGGCUGACAAGGUCACAUAUCCGAAGCUUCUUGGAUUGGAGAAAUCGCAGGAGUUUGCUGAAAAGCUAAACAAGGAGGCUAAGGAACUCCUCUCUGGAUUCGAACCAGAGAAAGUGGCUCCACUGAUUGCUUUGGCGAACUACAUUGCUUACAGGCAGAACUAGUUUAUUGCCUGGGGAAAAUUUUUAUGUCAGGAGAAACAAAAAGAAUAAAAGGACUAAUGAGUAGUUGUAUCAAGUCAAGCAGGAUUAUUCAACAUGAAACAUUUCAAUCCAUUAUUUAUGUGUUCAUGAUCUUUAGCUU